UAAACCGGGAUUCCUGUGGUGCCUGAAUCUUGUGACAGCGGUGCCGUCGCCCCGAAGUACGAAAGUGAGAUUCUUCUCUCUGGAUCUCUCCUUUUGGGUGAUCUUUAGGUCAGCUUCGGAGCUAACAGGCGACAAGAUGGUUGGUGGCAUUAAGCUAGGAGUUGUCAUUCUUUUUGUUCAGUUAUGGCUAGUGACAUCAGAGAAGUUUGGGCUCUGUCCCCGUGCGGGACCCUAUGGGCCGUGUGUAGUGACUUGCGGUGCUGAUGAGCAUUGCGAGGGAAUCAAGAAGUGCUGCAGCAAUGGCUGUGGGGCCUGGUGCUCAGAACCAACUUGCCCCAGUGGCCAGACAAAGGUUGACUGCCCUCUCUCUUUGUGCAAUUAUGCUGGCUGUCCUAACAAGCCAAGGGAUAGCCUUCGCUGCUCUGUGGCCUUUUGUGACCAGUGCAAAGUCAACUUCUAUAAUGUGACGACUGGAGAGGAAGUUGACUGUGGACCAGAGGAAACCCUUUGUGUUCGAAUGCGUGAAGCAAGUCAGAACAAUGGUGUUAUGCUCGGUCAGUACAUCCCUGAGUGUGAUCCAUCUGGGGCAUUCAAACAAACACAAUGUCACGAGGGAUACUGCUUCUGCGUGGAUAAGCAUGGUAUCCCUGACAUGAAGACACGAGUUCGUGGGAAACCCACCUGUCCAGAGAAAACCCUUUGUCAAAAGCAGAUGGAGGAAGCACUUAAACUGCCUCCCAUGGGUCGGUUUGUGCCCUCAUGCGAAGGUGACGGAUCAUUCAGUGCAAAGCAGUGUCAUCCCUCCACUGGGCAGUGCUGGUGUGUGGACGAGUAUGGCAGAGAAUGGCUCGGAACAAGAUCUAGAGGACAAGCACUAGACUGCAAACAGUCUGUAUGCCCUAAAGGGGUCUCCCAGAUGAAGUGCGAUGUCAUGCUGUGCAAAACCGCUACCUGCCCUGGGUACGAGAAGGCAUCUUGCCGUGUGAACCCUUGUGGUGCAUGCAAGCCUGAAUUUCUAGAUCAAUACAACAGACCUGUUAAAUGCCUGACUUCAUGCCAGAGCCAGAGAAACGAAGCAUUAGGCGUGACCCUAGGAUCGCCCACACCAACGCCCGUUGUUGGCAAAUACAUUCCCCAGUGUACCCCUGAGGGGGAGUAUAAACAGGUCCAGUGCUAUGGCUCUACCGGGUACUGCUGGUGUGUGGACCAAAUGGGGAGUCCCGUGCUGGGCACUAUUGUCAGGGGCGUCCCUCAGUGUAACAGCUCGGCUGUUGGAGUGUGUCCACCCGGCAAGCCCAUGUUCACCUGUCUCCGUAACAUGUGUCAGUAUGCCUCCUGCCCCGCCUAUCCUGAUGCAGGAUGCCGAGUGAACCCCUGCGCUGGCUGUCGUGCAGAAUUCUUGGAUGCCAAUGGAGAUGUUAUUCUAGAUUGCAAUAAAGGCAUGACCAACUGCCAGACUAAACGGGCUGCCGCCCUUCAAGGAUCCCAAGGUGGCCUUCAGCCUGUUGGCCGAUUUCUGCCAUCCUGUGACGUCAAAGGAGCCUAUGAGAAGAUCCAGUGCUGGGGCUCUAUAGGUUUCUGCUGGUGUGUUGACAGUAGUGGGAAUGAGAUUAAAGGCACCAGGGUGCGAGGUACCCCGUCAUGUGACACCACGCCUGCACCUACUGCAUCAGUUGCUGUUGUCAAUAAGGAGGGAUUUUGCCCUUUCAAGCAGCCCCGAGAUUCUGCUUUCUGUAGCCAAGCCAAGAAGUGUUCCUCGGAUGGUAGCUGUGGCGGAAACCAGAAAUGUUGCAAUAGCACGUGCGGUCUAAUCUGCCAGGACCCUCUCAUCACAGCGUGUCCAAAUGGUCGCCCGUUCCUGCUGUGUCUUCACAUGUGUAACUUCGCACAAUGCCCCGCCCAUCCGAAUGCCAAGUGCGUGUCUGACCCCUGUCGCAUGUGUCACGUGGAGUUUCGCGACGAUAAGAACAACGUGGUCGACUGCAAGCAAGGUCUAACGGACUGUCAACUAAGGCGUCAUCAGGCUGCUGGUCUCCUUGGUGCGUUCAGACCGCUGUGCGACAAUGCAGGCGCAUACGAGAAGAUCCAGAGUCACGAGGGUUACUACUGGUGUGUUGACAGCCAAGGUCGCGAGAUCAACGGGACUCGACUCAGGUUCAACAAGCCGACGACCUGCACAAGCAAUAGCAGCAGUGAUAUGAGUCUUUGCCAGCUUCAAGCCUCACAAAGUCAGGGCUCAGGGCCCCGCAUGAUGGUAGGUCGUUACGUGCCACAGUGUGACAAGGACGGCUCAUUUCAUCAAGUCCAGUGCCACCCCUCCACGGGAUUCUGUUGGUGCGUCAACACUACAUCCGGGAUAGUAGUACGGAAUACUCAGACCAGAGGCAGACCAGACUGCACAAAAGCCUGUAGCCCCGUGAUGUGUCUCAUGUACUGUGAGUUUGGCUUCGUCAAGGAUCAGUAUGGCUGUGAGAUCUGCAAGUGUGCUUAUGCGCCCGCGAAACCAGGAUUCUGUGGCAGUGGUUCUCUGUCUUGUUCUGAUGCGCAAACCAAGUGUCAGUAUGAUGGGGACUGCGCAGGGGCGGACAAGUGCUGUAACACGCAGUGCGGGAAGAUUUGCACCAGUGCCGUUUUGAAAGAGAAGACAGGGUUCUGCCCCAAGCGUCGUGUGGACCAUGUAGGAGUGUGUGUGAAUUACUGCGGCACUGAUGGCGACUGUGCCGGGGACAAGAAGUGUUGUAGCAAUGGCUGCGGUCGAACCUGCACAUCACCUGUGCGGCAAGCAUGUCCUGAAGGUCAGCCUGUGGUUAUGUGUCUCCGCGAUCCGUGCGAGUCUGCGAGUUGUCCCGCCAACCCUAUGGCUACAUGUCGUCCAAACUACUGCGGUACAUGCAGCGCUGAAUUCUACGACGAGAGGAACAACAAGGUCAACUGCACCUCGGGUCUGACCCGAUGCCAGCGCAGUUAUCUGGAGGCUCAGUCCCGGGGCCCUCUGAUCGGCGCGUACAUCCCGCAGUGCGACAAGGACGGGCGAUACUCAGCUCUUCAGUGUCACGGCUCCACAGGUUACUGCUGGUGUGUUAACCCGGAGACCGGCGAGGAGCUCCUGGGGACGAGGAAACAACCUGGCAGCGGUCUUCCAUCUUGUAACGCCACCAAGACGUCCGGCCCCACGUGCCCGUCUAACAGCAAAAGGUUCAGGCUGUGCGAGUCCUCAUUGUGCGCGAACACCAACUGCACGCGUAACCCACGUGCUCGAUGCGUGGCACCGAUGGGCGCUUGCGGCACGUGUAGACCCAAGCACUACGACUACGAUGGGUCAGCGGUGGACUGUAUGACGGAGUGUCAGAGGAAGAAGCUAGAAGCUACUGAGGGGGGGCUACUCGGGGCUUAUCAUCCGUCCUGUAACGCAGACGGCACGUACACUCUGGUCCAGUGCCACGAGGGGUACUGCUGGUGCUCGUCCCCUGAUGGCCGCGAGUGGCCUGGGACCAGAGCAAGAGGACAGCCCAAGUGCCUUCGCGAGAGAAUGCCAGAAAUCAAACACGUACAUGUGACGUUGAGGUUCAAGAACAAUUUUGACGACGUCAAAGACAGCGUGAAAGACUUUAGCGCGGUGUUGAAGACGCAUAUCUGCAAGUACUUAAGCAUCAAGGCAGAGCAAAUCCAGGAAUUAUCGGUCAAGAGUGGCAGCAUUGUAGUAGAGUUCAAUGUUGUGGCAGCUAAAGACGGACAAGACUUGAGCACUUUCGAGCAAGACAUCUACAACAAGGUUCGUCAAAACGACAUCGUUGUGAGUUACGGCGGCAUGACGUUCGUCACCAGUCCUCAAGAGGUCCAAGCCUCGGCCCAGUACUCCUCAGAUUCUAAAGCCGUGAGCAGCAAGGGAAUGAGCUCCACCACGAUUGCUUUGAUCUGCGUGUUCGUCGCUCUUGCCGUGGUUGUAGUUGCUAUCGUCGUUGUCGUGGUAAAGCGAAGACGAAACAGAGAUCAAGCUGGCACCGACGGAGACUCGGCCGGAUUCCUCUACAAAGACGGACGAGCUGAGAGCUACUUAUUUAUAUUUAGUUAUCUGGUACCAAUUAAAACAUCAGUUUUUCCUAUUGCCCUUUUUAGGCCGGAUUCCUCUACAAAGACGGACGAGCUGAGAGCUACAGUACCACAGCGCAAACAUAAGCCACUCGCCAUUCCGGCCGGAAAUAGCAAACCGGAAACGUCUACCAAACGAUGUUCGUGAUUUCAGUACCUACAGUCGAUGGAUACUUUACGCGUGUGAAUAAAUAAGAAAUAAACUUUAAGUAAUUUGUAGAUUAGAUGAUAUAUGGACUUGUGAAUUAUUGUAAAAUUGAUUUAAAGUUAGAGACCUUUUUAAUAACAGAAAUCAAGUGAUAGAUUUCUAUCUAUCGUUUUUGUAAAAGACAAGUGUUUGCCAUUAAAGCACAGCUCACGAUGG